UGCAGGCAGGCAGCAGAUCAGCUUCCCGCUGCCUUGCCACACAAACGCCAUCUUUAACUGACUGACAAACUACUGAAGCAGCGUUGUGGGACGAAUCUGGGUCAAGGGUUCGAAGACGAAACCGCAUCUGGAAAUCUCAACUCUUCGCAUUGUCGCUGAUAUUGACCGAUCUCUCGACCAACAGUGACGUUUUAUGGGCCAAUGUGUUUGAGCGGUCGGGCAGCCCUAACGCAGUUUUGUUGUGUCGGUCCUGGUUGAUGCUGACUGGAAGCUUUUUUAUAACAAGCAGCUGACUGUGGUCAAAUCAGAAUGAAACGAGGUUUCCAGGGAGCUAAGAAGGAGGAUGGGGGCGGCACCAGUGGGGGGUCUCUCAAACGGUCUCGGAAACAGAGGAGGGACGCAGAACUUGACGAAGAGGAGGUCCACUGGAAAUGUCUGCCGCAGGAGGUCCUUCUCCAUAUCUUCCAGUACCUGCCUCUGCUGGACAGAGCUUAUGCUUCACAGGUUUGCCGGGGCUGGAAUCACGCUUUUCACAUGCCUGAGCUGUGGCGUUGCUUUGAAUUUGAGUUGAACCAGCCAGCUAGCUCCUACCUGAAGGCCACACACCCUGACCUUGUUAAACAAAUCAUCAAAAGGCAUGCCAACCACUUGCAGUAUGUCAGCUUCAAGGUGGACAGCAGCAGAGAGUCAGCAGAAGCGGCAUGUGACAUCCUCUCUCAGCUUGUUAACUGUUCUCUGAAAACACUAGGUCUCAUCUCCACAGCGCGGCCAAGCUUCAUGGAGCUGCCUAAGUCUCACUUCAUCUCAGCAUUGACGGUGGUUUUCGUGAACUCCAAAUCGUUGUCCUCCCUGAAGAUUGAUGACACACCUGUAGACGACCCAUCCCUCAAAGUACUUGUGGCCAAUAACAGUGACACGCUGAAACUGCUCAAAAUGAGCAGUUGUCCUCACGUGUCACCUGCAGGCAUCCUGUUUGUGGCUGAUCAGUGCCACGGUCUAAGAGAAUUGGCUCUGAACUACCAUUUGCUGAGUGAUGAACUCCUCAUCGCACUCUCCUCGGAGAAGCAUGUUCACCUGGAGCACCUGCGCAUCGACGUGGUGAGUGAGAAUCCAGGCCAGCAGUUCCAUACAAUCAAGAAGAGCAGCUGGGAUGCCAUGGUGCGCCACUCCCCAAAAUUCAAUCUGGUCAUGUAUUUCUUCCUCUACGAGGAUGAGUUUGGCCCCUUCUUCCGCGAUGAGCUCCCUGUCACGCAUCUGUAUUUUGGCCGCUCGGUCAGCAAAGACGUGUUGGGCCGUGUUGGGCUCACCUGCCCUCGUCUGGUCGAGUUGGUCGUGUGUGCUAAUGGGUUGCGGCCGCUGGAUGAGGAGCUAAUCCGAAUAGCGCAGCGCUGCACACAGCUGUCAGCAAUCGGCUUGGGAGAGUGUGAAGUGUCUUGCACCGCCUUUGUGGAGUUUGUUAAGAUGUGUGGAGACAGACUGACCCAGUUAUCAAUCAUGGAGGAAGUGUUGGUUCCAGAUCACCGCUAUGGACUCGAUGAUAUCCACUGGGAGGUGUCAAAGCAUCUGGGCCGCGUCUGGUUCCCUGACAUGAUGCCUACCUGGUGAAGUCGUGCGAGAGUUGGAAGCUGGGUAGAGAUUUGUUUGAGUGUAAGUGCGUCCUUAUGUGUGUUGAUCACCCUUUAUUGUUUGCUUAUUAUUGAGGAAAUGAAAUGUACUAUAAUACAUUUUAAGACAUGGAAAAAAUGGCAUCUAUUUAGAUUUGGAUCUACAGUAAUCACGUGGGUUGCAAAAGAAAAUAUGUAAAAAAAAAUUCUAAUUCUCAUGUUGUUCUUUGUAUAUAUUUUACAUGCAUAUUUAUAUAUCAUUACUUUUGUUUUGACAAAACAAGGACUUUGUUCUAUAAGCAACUUACAUAUUUGUCAGGUGUAGUGUUCCCUCAGAAUUUUCCAUGGGAAUCAUCAAAUAUCUGGGAAUGAAGGGGACAUUGUGGGCGUUGUACCAUGUAUUUAUUGAGUAAUAAACCGUAAUCCUCUGAUAUAAUGGAAAACCCUUUAAAUUGAUUCACACACCGUUAUGCUUUUAAUUUGAGCUAUCUACAGGAAGUCAACCUUUGUCAUUAUAUGGAUUUACAGUGUGGAAUAAUGCUUAGCAAUUUUAAUGACAAUCUACAGAGCACAAUGAGAAAUUUGUCGUGGAUAACCUCAAUAAAGUAACAUAUUUGUUGAUCAGGUGAGGAUUUACAAAUUUUUUUUAGGGUGAACGGGCCAGAUUGGGUGGUCAAAUAGGUGAUGAGGCCACAGACAGAACAGUAUUGAUGGCAGUAUGUAACAGUUUAUUUUUACAGUAUUAUUUGAGGUCUGCACAUGCACUGCCAACAAAAGAUCACAAGACUCUUUAGCUCUUGAGUUUAACUUCAUAUCAUCCAUCCAUGCAUUUUCUACCGCUUAUCCAAGGUCGGGUCAUGGGGGCAGUAGCUUUAGCAGGGAUGCCCAGACUUCUCUCUCCCCAGCCAUUUCAUCCAGCUCUUCCGGGGGGAUCCCGAGGCGUUCCCAAGCCAGCCGAAGGAUGUAGUCUCUCCAGCGUGUCCUGGGUCGUCCCCGGGGUCUUCUCCCGGUGCCUCACCAGGGAGGCGUCCGAAUCAGAUGCCCCAGCCACCUCAUAUAACUUCGUAUCCAAUGUUUGAAAGUUUUCAUUAUCUGGGUUUCGUCUAUUGAUGAGCUAUGGGUUUAUACAUUAUAAAUCUCAAACAUAAAACUAAAGGUCAUUUGAAAGGGCAUCCUGAAUGUAUUUGAUAGCUUACAUAUUUGGCAGUGCAUGUAUUCCACACGAUCUACUCUUGUAGCUGUGAAUUGAUGAUGUUAUUUUACUGAGCUCCUGGAUAUUUGAAGUGUACAGUAACAGUCCUCAAUAUGUACUCGUUUUUACAAUAGUUUUAAGACAAUGCACACAGUUUAUACAGGCUUCUCUAAGAAUACUAUAUAUACUGCGUCAUCCCAUCAUCUCAGGUUGAAACUGAACUUGCCUACAUCUGUUUUGUCCAACUCAAAAGUCAUGGUCGUUUUUUUUUUUUUUCUUUUCCACUCCCAAUGUUUGAAUGGGGUCACUGUUAAUAUGUAAUGUGAAUUAAAAAGUGGAAAUCUUCUAGAAUAAAUGCUUAACUAACAAGUGAGACAUUUUCAUGUUUCACUAUAUUUCUUUGCAGUCAAGUAGGAACAUAACUGGAAUAAGUCUUAAAAUACACAUGGCAUGUCUUGUCUCUGGACUUGAAGGACAUCACACUUGGAGUGUUCAAUAAAUGAUUCCCUUUAA